CCCGGCCUUCGCCCCCGCCCACCCCCGUCCCGGUCCCUGUCCCCGCCCAACAUCCCCGAGCCGCGGCGCCCAGAGCUGAGACCCGCGCGCCCCGCUCCGCCGCUGCCCUGGCCCGGGCCGCCAUGUCUCUGUGGAAGAGAACCAUCUACAAGAGUGUGUGCCUGUCCCUGGCCCUGCUUGUGGCCGUAACAGUAUUCCAGCGCAGUCUGACCCCCAGCCAGUUUCUGCAGGAGCCUGCACCACCCACCUUAGGGCUACAGAAGGCCCAGAAACCAAGCGGACACCGGCCGAACCCUGACAACUUCUGGAAGAACCCAAAGGAUGUGGUCACCCCCGCACCCACGUUUUCACAGGGGCCCCAGGCCUGGGACGUGACCACCAUUAACUGCUCAGCCAAUAUAAACUUGACACACCAGCCCUGGUUCCAGGGCCUGGAGCCACACUUCCAGCAGUUUCUGUUCUAUCGCCACUGCCGAUACUUUCCCAUACUGCUGAACCAUCCAGAGAAGUGCAAUGGUGACGUCUACCUGCUGGUGGUGGUCAAGUCCAUCAUCACACAGCAUGACCGCCGCGAAGCCAUCCGCCAGACCUGGGGCCGCGAGCAGGAGUCAGCGGGCAGGGGCCGCGGCGCCGUGCGCACCCUCUUCCUGCUGGGCACAGCCUCCAAGCAGGAGGAGCGGGCCCACUACCAGCAGCUGCUGGCCUACGAGGACCGCAUCUACGGUGACAUCCUGCAGUGGGACUUUCUCGACAGCUUCUUCAACCUGACCCUCAAGGAGAUCCACUUCCUCAAGUGGCUUGACAUCUACUGCCCCAACGUCCGCUUCAUCUUCAAGGGCGACGACGACGUCUUUGUCCACCCCACCAACCUGCUGGAAUUUCUGGCUGACCGGCGGCCACAGGAAGACCUGUUCGUGGGCGACGUCCUGCAGCACGCUCGGCCCAUCCGCAGGAAGGAUAACAAAUACUACAUCCCCGGGGUCCUGUACAGCCAGGCCAGCUACCCGCCAUACGCAGGCGGAGGGGGCUUCCUAAUGGCUGGGGGCCUGGCCCGGCGCCUGCGCCACGCCUGCGACACCCUGGAGCUGUACCCCAUUGACGACGUCUUCCUGGGCAUGUGCCUGGAGGUGCUGGGUGUGCGGCCCACGGCCCACGAGGGCUUCAAGACUUUCGGCAUCUCAAGGAACCGCAACAGCCGCAUGAACAAAGAGCCCUGCUUCUUCCGCUCCAUGCUCGUCGUGCACAAGCUGCUGCCCACGGAGCUGCUGGCCAUGUGGGGGCUAGUGCACGGCAACCUCACCUGCUCCCGCAAGCUCCAGGUGCUCUGACCCCGGCCAGGCCACCAAGAUAGGCUAGAGCUUGUGCCCUUGAGCACCGGAAAUCAUGGGGCUGCUGUGCCAGGGCACAGCACCUGGGUGUGGUAGAGUGCAGGUAGCCAGAGGGGUCCUCCCUAGGGGACCCUCUCCAGAAAGUGGCGCUGAGGCCCGGGAACGUUUGGAUCUGCCCAGACCGGAGAAGGUCCUCUGGGUAGCAAGGCCCCUGGCUGCUGGCCACCUUCCUAACCUGAGUGGGUUGCCUGGCUCCCUCUGACCUGGUGGGAGGCCCUGGUGGCCUCUGAAGGAACCCUGUGCUCAGUUACCUGGGCUAGGCCUGGCCCUGGAUGGGUCUGUGGCUGCCCUCUUGUUUUCACCGAGAAAAUUCUCCUUCUCCUGUGAAAUGCCUGUCUCCCCAUGGGCCCGAGGUGCCCCUUCAGGAGAGGGUCGACCCUGUGCAGGCUCACAGGCUCCCCCACACCCCUAGGUCUCCUGGGGACCGAGCCCUGGAAGGUCCUCAGCACACACACACCCCCUCCCAGACCUAUCUGGAGUUGGCUGCCCAGUCUCUACCCCCAGGUGGCCUCACUCCUGGCUGCGUCCUGUGACGCCCCGUCUGGAAGCACAACCCGCCGCUCUGACUACCUCAGCGAUCCUCAGAACCUCCCGAUGGGCUGCUGCCCCACCUCACCCCUGACGCAGGGCCAGGGGGCAGCGCUCUGGCCCCGGCGCUCACGGUGCUGCCCAACCAGCCCAGGCCAAGGGCCCUCCUGCAGCCCCGUGGAGGCCUGGCUCCCCAGCCAGAAACCAGCCCGUUUGACCCUGGAAGUGGACAUUCCUCUAUUACUGUGAAGUUUUAUUUAUGAAGAAUUUGGAGGGAGACGGUGCCAGGCCUCGGGAGCUGGUGGUGUUCGUCCCUUCCUUUCCUUCAUUUCAGCAAGACACCACGUGGCCCGGCCACUCCUGCCCCCCCCAGCCCCACCCCUACCCUGGGCACCCCCAUGCCCAUCAUAGCCCCCCUCCAGAACCCUGCCCAACCUGCACACCUACUUCUCUAGAGCCUGAGCAGACCAGCAUUUGCCCCUGUGAAGGACUGGAGUGGCCUUCAUGGGCCACCCAACUCAGGCUCAGGGGUCCUUGGGGUGGCUGCAGAAGGAUGCCACCUCCUUUAGGGUGGAGUCACCUGGAAAAAGACUGAAUGAUCAACUCUAUUUUCUCAAUAAAAGGGGACUGGUUUUUU